CUUCCAUUGCAUUUCUCCAGCAACGGACUAACCAGGCCCCUCGCAGCCGCUACACGGUGCCCCCGAGCCGGGCGGAUUCCCACCGCAGACCCGGGAGGUGAGACGGUGGUGGCACAGCGGAGGACGACGGACUCCAUAACCACUGCGAAGGCCGGAUCUACGGCGGGGAAAAGCCCAGGAUGUGAUGAAAUCCUAAACAAAGUGCGACACACACACAGACACACACAAGCCCCUGCACAUCAUAAACGGGCCCGUCUUGCACUGCAACUUUGCGUUUUUGGCUCUCGGUGGGCGCAGAAGGCGGAUAAUCAUAGAGGUGAGGUCGGGGAAAUUAUUGUCUGGGGAAGGGUGACGCGCACUUCUCAGCAGCCCCUGCGCUGUCAGACGAGGAAGUGAAGCUUCACACACGCCCAUUUGAGCCUGUCGACCCUGCUGAAAAAGCCCAGAGCCGCUCAUCAGAUAACACAGCAACGGACUUUCCAAACAUGCGCCCACUUUCGGAUGGACGGCAGCGGGAAUAACCUGCAGGACGUCGAGCAUUUCAGCAGCGUGCUUCAGUGUUGAAGGAUGGACAGGGAGCUGGUUCGGCAGAGCCAAUCAGAUCACGGCGAGGCCACCAAUGGAGCGAGCCCUCCGACCGCCACCGAAUCCUCCACCACCCCUACGACCCCCACCCCUCCUCGGCUCACCCCCAACCCCAUGCUCCUGGACUCCCCCACACCCUCGCUGACACCCACCACCUCCUCCCCUCCCCCGCCUCUCACUCCCGCUCCCUCCAUCACCACAAACCAUGGACCAAAGGCGGCAGCAGCAACGGCCGGCGCUCCGUCUCCUCACGUCCUCGUCCCGACUCCCCCUAAACUUACCUCCACCCCUGCCCCCACCCUCCGCACGUACUCCCGCCACAACCAUUCUUCCAAAAUUUCUCCCUCCAUGCAAACCUCCCCUUCCUCCUCCCUUCUUCCUCCCCCUUCGUCCUCCUCCUCUCCUGUUGUAGCGACUGCUCCUUCACCACUCCUCUCAUCCUCUCCAACUUCUUCUGCAACGCACAACAGCACCACCAUGUCUACCAAGAUCUCCACCAGCCUGACCAACGGGAGCACUAGGGUCCUCUCCGCAACCUCAACGCCAAUCACACCGUUUCACACACCAGCCAGUCCACCUGGCAGACAGGUAUCACAGACUCCUGUGGGCACACCUGGUCUUGUGCGAGCCAAUCAGAACCCCUCCCCUGUCAGGCAUCCCAAGGUAUCCCAGCAGACAUUGCUCCUUGGGAAAGGUCUCAAAGGGUCGGGCCAAGACCAAGUGUUGCUUAGAGCUCAGAUGCUGAUUCUUACAUCUGCUAUGCGGCCGCCCCAGCCGUGCUCCUCCUCUUCCUCCUCCUCUUCUUCCACUUCUCCUCCUUCCUCUAACCCCGCCUCGGCUCAGCUCCAGAGUCUCACCUUGAGGCCUCCUCCCCCCGGGACUCUCGCAAUCCCUCCUUCCCUACGCCUCAAGCCCAGCGCCACGGCCCCGCCUCCCCUCACUCGACCUCAAGCCCCCCUCUUCCCAAUUCUCAAGCCGCGACCUCAGUCCAGCACCACGGCAACGGAGUGCCCAACCACGCCCAGCCGCCACCUCGCCGUGCCUCCUCCAAGUAGGUCCCUGAAGGGUGUGAUGAGGCUGGAUGAGCAUGCUCCUCCAUCUCUCUAUUCUCCGGUUCGAGCCGUCCCUCUGAGACCCAGACUUCACUCUCCUAACGGUCACAGAGCGGUAUCACCUCGACAGACCUCUGCCCUCCAACCAAUCGCUGCUGCUCCCUCCAGCCAGGCGUCUCCCAUCAGCAGGCCGCUGGCUGGACUGAAGAGCUGUCCGUUAAGUCACAGCCCGGUAUCUGUCUCCAACGCUCUGUCAGCUGCGCCGCAUUUUGAGCGCUCGUUGUCUGCAGCGAAGCAGCUUCAGAUCAUCGCCCUCUCUUCGGGUCGCCAGCCACAGCCGGGAACGUACACGCAUGCUUCGGUGCAGCCGCCGUCUCCAGCUGCAGAGUCGCCUGAGGUUUCCGCCCAAUCAAAGAGGACUUUGAGCACCGAAGACGUCCUUCCUCCUCCUUUAAACCCCUCGUUGCCAAAAACCACCUCUCCUCUGCCCUCACCUCCAUCCCUUCUGAGUCCAGCCUCUCCGCAGAGUCAAGCUGAGCCCCAGCCGCAAAAUCUGACCCAGAAGGUGGAGGUAAAGGAGGCUGAGGAGCAGAGAAAGAGAGCUACGGCUGUGAGACAGGAAGUCAAAGAUGAGGAAAGCGUCGCUAAAGACCUGAGGGUGGAGAAAGAUGACCAAAGAGAGAAAGUGAAGGAGGAGGAGCCCAGUGAGGAGCAAAUCAGUCAGGAGGUGCAGGAAGUUAGCCCAGAGGAAGAUCAAAUGGAAGUGACAGAGGAAGGCCAAAGUGACAGAGAGAGGAGAGAGGAAGGCAAGGACAAGAAGAUGGAGGAGGAAGAGGAAGGAGAGACUCCAAUGGACCAGUCUGAGAACCAGACUGCACAGCUUCCCCAUCAGUACCACAACACAGACCCUAUCCCGACACCUGAUUCUGUUAAAGACUCCACUGUGGACUUGAAACCCAUCACGGGUCUCAUUUCAAGUCCAGUUCCAGUCCAAACUCCAGCACCAGUCCCGGUACCAGAGCCGGCUCCAGUCCCUGAAGCCUCUGCCCAGAGUCAGAGACUGCCGGAGCCUCUGAAAGACCUUCAACCCGUUAGCCAGGAGGACUUCUGUGAGAACAUGUCAACCCAGUCCGACAAUCAGUCAGCGUUGUCCAGCCUCUCCUCCCAGUCUCCCCCCUCCUCACCCAUCAUCACCCCUUCGGCAGAAAACCCUCCUCCUCUCCUCCCGGCACAGACCGCCCUCCCGACUGACCUCAGCCUAUCACAGCAUGAGCCAGUGAAGGUGGACAAAGCAGACGGUGAGCCGCAGCCCCCCACGGAAACUGAGGCAGAGCCUCUUGGCCAAUUGGAGGACGAGUCAGAGAGCUUCAGCCAAUCACUGAGCAGCCCCUGGGAGCCAAGGACGUGGCCUGAGGGACGGCAGGUUCUCACCCACCUGGUGGAGGGAUUUGUCAUCCAGGAGGGGCUCCAACCGUUUCCUGUGAACCGCUCAUCCCUGCUGGUUCCAGAGCAGGUGCCCAAACCGCAGGAAGUGAAUGGGACCAAUGGGAAAGCGGCGCUGCCUGUAACGGAAACGAUCAAACAAACUGAACACUCCACAGAUUCAGAAGAAGAGGAGGGAGGAGACACGGACGAUACUGGGAGCAGGUCGGGCCACAGAGACCGAACGGUGCUGCACUGCCAGUUCUGUGGGAAGAGGGGCCACGCACACAACUUCAUGCGCUCCAAACGCUUCUGCUCCACUUCCUGUGCACGCGGGUUUAACGUUCGUCUGACGAAGCGUCUGCGGGCUCUCAGCGCAGGAAGCCGGUCGGAGAAGCCUCGUCCUGCCCUCAACCGGGCGGAGUCAGUCCCUGGGAAACCCCUCCUGCUGCGGCUGCCUCGUGAUCUGUGGAGCGCCGGUCAGCGUGAGAAAGAUGGAAAAGAAAAAGCAGCGGCGGCAGAAGAAGACGAAGAUGAAGACGAUAUGGUGGGAGGUGGAGGCAGGGAGGAGGAAGACGAUGACGGAGGAGAGGAAGACCCCGCUGUCGCCAUGACGGCUAGGAUGGAGCGUCGGGCGGCACGGAGAGCGAGGAGGGCGUCGGCGCCGGCCGUGACCACUUCCACGCCUACCACCACGUUUAAGCCAGCCCCCUCGCAGUGGAGCGUGGAGGAAGUCACCGCCUUCAUCCACACGCUGCCAGGCUGCAGUGACGUAGCGGAGGCUUUCCGGGUGCAGGAGAUCGACGGCCAGGCUCUGCUGCUGCUCACCGAGGACCAUCUGAUGACCAGCAUGAACAUAAAACUGGGACCUGCUCUGAAGAUCUGCGCUCACAUCAAUGCACUGAAAAACCAAUGAGAGACAAAGACAAAGAGAAACAAAUUGAGAAAAAGAGAAAGCGUGGGUUUAAAAUGGAAGAGGGAAAAAAGGCAAUAAAGACGCGAGGAAAAGAGAGAAAUCGGCGGAAGUCAGAAGCUGACACCAAGGAUGACAGAACAAAGUCACAAAAGGAGAUUUGUGGGAAUUUAUAAUUUAUGAGAUUAUAAAUCUAGGCGUGGCCUUAGCAGAUGGGAACUGGAUAGGAGUGCAGGAGCAUGACGACACCAGAGUCCAUGAGAAAUUUCACCAGUUUUGGGCCCUCCGACUGUAGCAGGAGACCAGGGGGGGUUUUGUAACUUUGUGUAUAUUUUACAUGCCGCUGGAGAGUGUACAUUUGAAGCUAUUUGAUGAAGGAUUUUGAACAUUUAAUAUAUAAAAUUUGUCUAUUUAGUUUUUUUAGAACGUGACGUCAACAACAAAUCUAUCCAGUAGCUAAACAUAACCCGUGUGUGUAAAAGGAAAAAAAACAAUAAUGCGUAGACUUUGUAAGUGAUUAAUGAAAGUUUAAUGUUUUAUAUCACUAUAUUCUGGACAAAGACAUGUCUGUGUAUUAAAAAAAGUCACUAUCAGGGUAGAGGCUGGUGUCUUUAAUCGUCACAUUUUUAUGGUAUCCUGCUUGAAAUUAUUUAAUAAAUGAAUAAUUAAUCAUCAAA